UGGCUACCGAAUUCCACCCAAUCUGACUGCAGUGCAGCAGCAGGAAGGACGGAGCGGGCUGUUUCCAUUUUAGCUCGAGAAGUCUUUACCUACCAUUGUUUAACCUUAAUUUCUAGCAAGAUGGGAACAAGAGACGACGAGUAUGACUACUUGUUUAAAGUGGUUCUGAUUGGAGACUCUGGCGUGGGGAAGAGUAACCUUCUGUCCCGUUUCACCCGCAACGAGUUCAACCUGGAAAGCAAAAGCACCAUUGGAGUUGAAUUUGCUACUCGCAGCAUUCAGGUGGAUGGGAAGACCGUAAAAGCCCAGAUAUGGGAUACGGCUGGGCAAGAACGCUACAGAGCCAUCACCUCAGCGUAUUACCGUGGUGCUGUGGGGGCUCUGCUGGUGUACGACAUUGCCAAGCAUCUGACCUAUGAGAAUGUGGAGCGCUGGCUGAAGGAGCUGAGGGACCAUGCAGACAGUAACAUUGUUAUCAUGCUGGUUGGCAACAAAAGUGACCUGCGCCAUCUCCGGGCUGUGCCCACUGAUGAGGCACGCGCAUUCGCAGAGAAGAAUGGGUUGUCUUUCCUGGAGACAUCAGCUCUGGAUUCCACCAAUGUGGAGACAGCCUUUCAGACCAUCCUGACUGAAAUCUACCGCAUCGUGUCCCAGAAACAGAUGUCGGACCGCCGGGAUAACGACAUAUCGCCCAGCAACAACGUGGUGUCCAUCCAGGUGCAGCCCACUGAGAAUAAGCCAAAAAUGCAGUGUUGCCAGAACAUCUAGCCCUGUCUAUGACCUCCUUUUCCUGCAAAGCCCACCUGCAGAAAAGCCCCCAUCCCCCCCCACCCCACCCCCCUACCCCCCUUCUUAAAGACUGCUUUGGUUCAGAGGCGCAGCUGCACGCUUGGGCUAGAGCACAGAAGCUGUGUUUCCAAACCUCAGAUCUCAAAAGGGUUACCACCUGCGCUCUGGACUAACAUUAUGUUGUUGUUGUUUUUUUUUUUUUUUUUUUCCUGCCAUGGUAGGCUUUUUUUAUUGCAAAAUUUGAAUAAUCAGUUGUGCUGAUCUUCAUGGAAACGUCUUAAUAUAUUAUUUCAUUUGCGAACAGUGUGAGGUUUGUUCAUGGCCGUGUCUUGCGCAGCUGGCCCGUGUUUGUGUCUGAACUUGUCCUAAGAUUAGACACUGGCAUUAAGGAGGUGUUACUGUUUGCUGUAUUUAGAGAGUUUGGAUACUAGAUGUUAAACUAGCAUUAGGCCCCAGAGAUCGAUGACCUCCCAACUUUAGCUAUUGCUGUGUGUAUGCAAAUGCUUCACUUUGCAUGAAAACCUAAAUACCAUCUUAGGAGCACUCCUAUUAUUGUAUUUUCGACAGUAUCUGAGCGGAUAGCGUAACAAAUCAGUCCUGAUUUGUUGUGGCUCCUGUGGUCUGUAUAGUAGAAUAUGCUUGCAUGCUUUAUCAGAACUCUGGAAAGAGGAGUAGGAAGAUCUUUGGUACAGAGAACCCCACAGACAUGACUCCUCACACUGACAUCGUGUUCCUCAUGCUGCUGCAGUUUCAAUUCAUCCUGUGCAUUUCUUGUAGAGUAGUGCUUUUAGUGCCUUUCUCAGUGGAAUGUCACACAGGGAAGCCUUUUUUUUUUUUUUUUUUUUUUUUUUUGGGCACGUGUGCUCACACUGUGUGGGCUUUUUCCUCCUGCUCUUCACAGCAGUGCUGUGAGGCCUUCAUCACAUGAUCUGCAGUGCUAAAAUGGUAGUAUUCAUCAAUUAUGACUGCUGCCUUGUUUUUUUUUCUUGAUGUUUUUGCCCUCUGAUGUCACAUCUCUUUUUGGUUCUUUUAGCCAGGUUAAACAACCAGUUUAAAUUGUUCAGAAACGAUGAUUGAUUGCAAAAAUUGAGGGGAAAAAAAAGUCAAUUCAAAAACAUUUGAGCUUAGACUUUGGCAGUCAGUGCGGGUAGCUGUUUAAACAGCACUGAAACACUAUAAAGAUUUCUGUAGUAUAGUUUAUAUAAUAAAUGAGGACCGAUCUUAAAAUACAAGUGUCAAACAAACUUUCCAUUCAGUGUACCACUCUCCUUAGUCAAGAAAAAGUAUAGCUAGACCACUGCACACAUGACAUAACUGAUGAUUGUAGGCUGGAGCUUUUUUAUAUUUUUUGCACCAAACACACUAUUUCUUUCCUUAUCUAACCCACACUACAUGUUAAUUCUUUAGUAUUUAUUCUACAAUAGCCAACUGAUCUAUUGUUUUGUGCCUAUUAUGUAAGACUCCUGAAAUGUUAGGACAGUACUAUGUUUCUGAUCAAAAUAAAUUAAGAAUGUAUCAUGUAGCCCAGUAUAAUCAUGUUGUGAUUGUAAAAGCAAGCAUUCCUAUGAUUCAGCAAAUGUGGGGAACAUCAUAAACUGCUAAUCAUGUUUGCACCAUGGCUACCUAAGGAAUAAUAUUGUGUGUAAAAUAGAAAUGAUAGUGAGGACAAUAUGCAUGAUCUAUUCUGGUAUAUCCUUAAAACCCAUACACCCUGUCUGUUGCACUUAAAUGUUAAGAGAAUUCUCCCUAAAGCUAGGUGCUCUUACGAGACCUCUUUGGGUAAGGAAGGGAAACUCCCUUGUAAUAGCUGGUAUAAUAAUGCAAAAUAAAAAGUGUGUGUGUGUGUGUGUGUAGGUCUGAACCUCUUGACAGCUUUUCACAAAAUCAGUCAUAGUGAAUUCAGUAUGAACAUUUGCAAUAUGGCAGUCUAAAGCAGAAUAGAAUAGUUGUAAAGAAAAUUGUAUACCUAUCAAGUUGGACACUGUCUUUCUCUAUGCAUUCUGUGACUAUAUGGUAUUGGGCCUUCCUCUAAACUGGCCCUUGGGACCCUGAUACUAAUCAUGUAACUGACUGGUAGAGGGCUAAAGGGCAGUGCCAAUGAUGUAUGGGUACAGAUGGCACAGCUAUGCCCAGCCUAAGCACUGCACAUAGCUGGUUUGUCUUAUGUUUAUCUGAAUAUUGAUGUUCUGUCAGCUCUCUUUCACAUAUUGCCUCAUUUGUUUUGUCUGUGCUGUACUGUGAUUUUUUUUUUUUUUUUUUUUUUAGUAUUAGCAUUACAACAUACUAUUACUCUAUCCACUGUAAUUCAAAUUUCAGAGUGACAAAUAAAAUUACAGUUAAGUGAGUAA